AUGGACUUCGCUCCUUAUCAAUCCUCUCCGCCGGAGCACUCACGGGUAACUUCACCUGACUAUGCCUCACCACGACCUUCAUACGAUGCUCGACGAUCGUUCUCUCCUGUCGCUUCUCCUCCCCCGCUGCAGCAUCCGCAACCUCAACGAGGAUGGGGCGGUUUCGAUGGCGAGUCAGCUGGCUGGGCGGCAAUAAGUCCCGACAACCGAGCUUUUGGAGCGUCGAGUACAAUGCCUGUUGCGUUUCCUGCUGCAGAAGUCAGCGAAUUCGAUACAAGUCUUGGCAUGCGUCUAGAUUAUGAGGCUUGUCUAGCAUAUGUCGCGUUCCCACCUCUAGGAGCGAUUAUACUUCUUAUUCUGGAGAGAAAUAGUGACUACGUGAGGUAG